AUGGCCAUUGCCUAUUUUAUACCCGAUCAGGCCAAAUUGUUGGCCAGAACCAGCGGCAACAACAACAAUAACAGCAACAGUCAACAAAAUAAUGAGCAGCCCAGCCAAGGUGUCAGCGGCUCAUCUCAACAGACAAGCGGCUCAAGUUCCGAGCAACAACAACAACAACAGCAGCAGCAGCAGCAACGGCCACAACAACAACGAUAUGGCAGCCACUUCCGUGCUAAUAUUUCCGUGCCUCUGGCCCGGCAGCAAGGCAACAUGUUGGGUGCCAGUCAGGAUCAACAGGAUCUGGGCUGUUGGGAGCUGUUGGCGCAAAUCUUCUGCUAUGCCUUGCGCCUCUACAGCUACAACAGCACACAACGCACGCCGACGGUCAUACAGAUAUCCUUCGAGAUCAGCAGUGGACCGCCAACAGGUCCUGGCGAGAGCGACCGGACCGACGAUGACGUCAGCGACUAA